AUGGCACCCACAGCACAAACAGGACGGACUAUUCCAGACUUUGAGAUCCAGCAACUGCAUCAUCCACCGGUUCACCAGAAGCUCCAGCUUGUUUCGGAAGAUGUACGGUAUUUGCAAAAGAUAUUUAUGGAAGCUGCCCAGAGUAAGAUUGAUACGCAUCUGCCGUCGAAAUCUGCGGAAGAGUCGUUGAGGGCGGAAGUUGCAGAGAAGGUGAAGGAGUUUAUUGCAAAGGUUUUUGAUUUUUCAAAGCACAGCAUAGUAGUGAAUGGAAUGGAAGGAGCAGAUCCAUCACUGGACGCGUUGAUGAAAGCCAAAGAGAUGGAUAAGGAGGAGGCAGAAGCGGUGGAGCCAUUUGACCUAGAACUCAACGAGAAAGUGCGGGAGUUAUAUGCGCAAAUUGACGACGAGACAGUCGCGGUCACGAAGCUGCGACGUGAAGCUCCUCUGCGGGCUGUCGAGCACUACAAGAAAGAGCUGGAAGCGGAGGAGAUAAACAAGAAGAUCCACACACUGGAAGAUGACGAUGAUAGCAUGAGUAUAGACGCGCCCGAGGUUGACAUUGAGAAGAUCAUACCGCGACGAGAUGCCAUUGAGGCUGAUUUCGAUAAGUUUAUCGCGUCGCUGAGAGAAAUGAAGAAGACUGUUCCUGGUACUAUUUCGAAAGUGGAAAGAGCGGAGGCUGUUAUUGCACAUCUGAAUUCUUAUAAAGAUCAAUCUGCUUAA